UAGCAGGAGGAACAAAAAAAAAGGCUUUAGAUAUAGGGAAACUUUUUAAUUAUUUUUGGUAUGGUGAGAAGUGCAAGAAGAGGAAGAAGUUGAGUUGAGUUGAGGUUGGAGCUGAAAGAAAAUUGAGUGAGAAUUCAAUGACACAGAAUCUGAAGCAUACCGUGGAUUUGGAAUGCAGUGAUAAUAGCAGGCCGUCAAAGAUAUCAAAAAUCGAGUAUCCGAGUGACAGUGACAUUGACGAAGAAGAAGAAGGAAUGAGCCAAAACCCUAGGAAUGGGAUUCAGCGCUAUUUGGUUGCAAUCGAGUAUAUUGGGACUCGCUUCUCCGGUUCUCAGAAGCAGCUCAAUGUCCGUACCGUCGUCGGUGCUCUUGAGGAAGCUUUUUCCAAAUUUGUUGGCCAACCAGUCUCUGUGUCUUGUUCAAGUCGAACUGAUGCUGGAGUGCAUGCUUUGUCAAAUGUUUGUCAUGUUGAUAUUCAACGCAUCAGCAAAAGGAGGCCUGGUGAAGUGUUACCACCUCAUGAACCUGCUGUCGUUGGAAGAGCUGUAAACCAUUUCUUACAGAAGCACGACAGUGACUUAAUGGUUAUUGAUGUUCGAUGUGUUCCAUCUGAUUUUCAUGCAAGAUUUAAAGCGCAAGAGCGCACAUACUUCUAUCGGUUGCUUUCUGGGCCAGAGCCUUUGUCAACCUUCGAGAAAGAUCGAGCAUGGCAUGUACCUGAGGAGCUUAGUCUUCCAGCUAUGCAAGAAGCAUGCAGAGUUCUUGUUGGAUGCCAUGAUUUUAGUUCCUUCAGGGCAGCUGGUUGUCAGGCAAAGUCACCUAUUAGAACUUUGGAUGAACUCAGUGUCAAUGAGGUAAUUGAAAGUCCAUAUUUUCCAUCUCUAAUGGAUAGAGAACAACAUAAUAAAGUCAGUGGUGAUCUUCGUAGCUGCUCCAACAACACUGAAACUGACAUUCCUCCUAUUUCUAAUCCAAGCAUUGAUAAAGUAAUUACAUCAAGUCAAGAUGCAGGAUUUGGCAAAAGAAGGCGACAUCGUUGCUUGGUGGUAACAGCACGUGCGCGUUCUUUUCUUUACCACCAGGUUAGACUACUUGUUGGUGUUCUCAAGGCUGCUGGCACUGGAAACUUAACAAUUCCGGAUGUUGAGAGAAUUUUGAAUGCGAAGACUGUUACUGCCGCAAGUCCAAUGGCCCCGGCAUGUGGUCUCUACCUAGGAGAGGUGAAAUAUGAUCUACCUACCACUUAAGUAGAUAGAUAUUUCAGGGUCUCUCGGAAACACUCAUGCAUUCGAGUUAAAAGCUGCUGUAGGAUUCAAUUUCAAUCCAAUGGACUAGAUUUUUUUAUAUUUUGUGUAAAUGUGCCAUUAAGGGUUUUUAUAUCCUUGGAAGUCCCCCAGCAGAGGAUUAAUUUUGUCCGUUCUAUCUCUAUUAAUUUUCGUUUAACAUUA